UAAAUAUAAACAUAUAUGGUACUGCCGUGAAUGGGCUAGGCUCCGGAAGGCGAGGCUCAGGAGUAGGACCAGGAGCUUCUCCGCGCUGCCUGCCUCCCCGCUGCGCAUCCCCCUCGCUGCUCUUUCUGCUGCCUUUGCCCCCUUUCCAGCCCCCCUCUGAUUUCCUGCGUGCUUGCUACAGGCUGCUGCUGCUUUAUUUUCCUCCCUCCCUCCCUCCCUACUGGAGCCAUUAGUUUCGUCUUGUUGGCGUGUUUGUGUCCAACUGGUGACUGCCGUAGGCACGGAAGGGAACGGAACGACAGUUUUCUUGGUGUUACAAAGCUUGAGUUCGACGACACGCUCUGGCGUACUUUGUUGGGUUCCGUUGGCAUUGUGAUCGCCUGCUCUGGUAUGUAGAGCGCGACACAGAGAGCCAAUACUGCCUUCGCGACUUCCAUCAGCCAAUCGGUCGUUAGCUGUCAUGGUGAUCGAGACGGGGCUUCAAGCCACUUCCCGGAAGUCGGGAGAACUGGUGCGGCUGAAGGACCUGCAAGCUCUACCAUUAGGUAUGUCGCCAAUAUUCAAGCUACCGCAACCAGGAAAAGAUGAGGACGACGAUGGGAAUGACUGCAUCUCCCUCAAGAAAUGGCAGCCCGAUGAGAUAGCGGCCCAAUCUAUAAUUUCCAACGGCAUGUCUUACAGUGCCUGGCGGCCGGUGAAGGAAAAGCAGUCAACUGCCUCUGUCAAUGGGAUUACCGUGGUCAGGGCCAGCGUCCGCAAACAUCCGAUAGGCUACGCCCCUCUCGUUGAAGCGAACGGGGAUGUCAGCCUGCCACCCUCCAUGAACGGAAACACCCACCCUAAGCAACUUUCCGAGAAUGAGCCCAAGAGGAUCGAACAAGACGAAUGGCGUGAGACUGGGCACGGAUAUAUAACUUCCGACGAAGACCCCGAAGAUGAGCUCGAGGACCAAGUUGCCAACACUGUGAAGGAGCCAGAAGUGAAGGAGGAGCGCACGAUAAGACCUCACCACCAACACAACAUCAGUCUCGUGAACGGGAUUGCCCCUCCACCGGCGCAAGCUGCGAACAGUGAGGGUAUUGUCUUCGACAUUAGUAGGCAUGAGGAUGGUAUCAGCAUCAGCCCUUCAUCGCCUCGCUCGCCCCAGGGCGGCAUUGCCUUCGACAUUACCUUGGAUGGCCAUUACGAUGACAGCUUGCCACGCCGGUCGACGGGGUCAAGCAGGGACAACGCGCGGCAUGUAUCUUUCGUUACCGGCCGCGAGUUGGAGCUCGAUUUGCCCAGCCCUCCUCGAUCCAAGGGCAAAUCUCCCUAUCGUUCUCGGAAAAACCACAGCAAAAGCCCUGUGAAGAGCAAACCAGGCUGGGAUAGCUCGGCGAAGGUCGGAACCCCGCCACCGCCCAUGCCGAAGAAAUUUGUGCGACCCACGUUGCAUGGUAUUAAAGUGAAGAAGGGCCAAGGCGGUGUGGCGAAGACAGCAGCGAGAGCAACCAUGACGUCCGCCGAAAUCCAUCAAGGCAUCGCAAUAAUGGAGGGUCGCUCGCGGGAUGUGCCUGUGGCCCGAUCCUGGGACCCCCAGUACUGCGGCGGGGGCGAGUAUGAUUCUGUGUCGCAGCUGAUCUCGAAAUCGCUUGCCUCCGCAGCUGAUGAGAUUAAGGAAGAUCCCCAUGGAUUUCACAAUCGACAGUACAUCCCACGAAGCAAUGGUGGUCGCAAGCAAGAUGACAACGGCGAGACCUUGAAGCUAGUGGGGUCCGAAUCCAACAAGUUGACAGGAGAAUUCGGGAGGUUCUUCAGCAAGCUACGGAGAUCAUCUGGUCCGGUGGCAAAGCCACCACCGAAGAUAGAUUCAAAAGCAGUGUCUCCGAGGGCGUCAUCCAACCCCAUAAUCAGCAAAAUCGCAAGAGGGAACUUAGACCCAGUGGACCAUCCCAAAUCCACCGCCAAGAAAAACCUUGCACCUGUUCAUUCACUCGACGUGGCCAGUGCGAACCAAAAGAUCGCAAUCGGAAGCUACGCGUCCUUGAAGCUGCUGCAAGAGUGUGCAAAAACUGAGCAGAUCCCUGCAACUCCUGCAUGUAACGCGCACAAACCUCGGAAGAUCAGGGAUCACGAGCCUCAUCGUCACUACUACAAGACUAUCUCUAAAACCCUUGAUUCAAAGUUAAAAAACUAGAGCGGCAGCGUCUUGUUGGUCACGACGCAGGAUUGUGGAUACCUCUACAGCCGAGGUUAGAAGUUUGGGUAUCAUCAGGAUCGGAGUAGACUCAUAGCAAUGGCUAAUCAUCUACCAGGACGUAACGCAAAGAAGAUAGUCCUAUCAAGAGUCUGGGACUCUCUGUACAUAUCCUCCUGUUGUCAAUGUUCCCUAGUGGUUGCUACAUCGUGAACGCUGGAUUCGUGUGGAGGUUGUUAACAUGGAGAAUACAAGCGAGGAGAACAACAGCUUUCGGAAUCCAUCUGCCGGUUGACGAGGGAUGUGAACUUCAGGAGCGGGAGUUCUUAAAGACUAGGACUAGUGGCAAGCCAACAUGCACUCGAAAUUCAAUGCUGGUUACUGAGAGCUUGCAACCGUUGAUCCUGUCAGCUCAUGCAUUUCUGCCUGAAAUACACUUGUCUGGAGCUUCGCUGUUGAGCGACAUAACCCCUCGAAACAGACUCCUCAGGAAAUUUUGCUGGUGCCACGUUCUUUUCCCCAUGGCUCUACCUUGCCUGCUCCUAUAAACUAGUCCGCAUAGUGUUAUCUAGUCGCAGGACCAUUCUCAGCAAGGAUAUAUUUAUUUUUAGUUUCUUCUUAUUAUUUUUUAUUUAGUCUAUUCUAUGUUUGGUUCAUGCUGAAAAUGGUCCGCUACUCUUCAGCAGCGAAGGCAAUCUCUGGAUAGAUACGAGAAUAUUUAGGUGGACUAAGUGACUUUGUAUCGUAAGAGUUCAUUCUUCGCUAUGAAGUUCGUCGUAGAUUUUCAACAACGUUGGUUGAGAUGCGAGUCUUGGAUGUAUUAUUUCUUCAGGAAUGUAUUAUUUGUGAGUGAUUAUAGUUGUUCGUUGUGCAACGAACUUUGAUUUCAACAUUGAUGUAAACUACUAAAUGACGAAAGUGAUACCUUUCCGUUUGAACA